AUGGGCGCCGUAAAACAGGCCCUCUACUUUCUCGUUCACCCAAACCAACUCCGCAACGUCAUACAAUGGAAGCUCUGGCACGAGCCUGUCCAUAGACGCGAUCCCAAGACUGAGACGCCGACCGAGAAAGCAUGCUUCCACUACUUGGACCUGACAUCCCGCUCAUUUGCGGCUGUCAUCAAGGAGCUCAACCCAGAGCUGCUCAUGCCCAUAUGCUUGUUCUACCUUGUGCUGCGGGCGCUCGAUACCAUCGAGGAUGAUAUGACGAUAGACAUCAAGGAGAAGGAGCCGCUUCUGCGUAAUUUCAAGCAGUUCAUGGAGACAGAUGGCUGGACUUUCGACAAGAACGGGCCAGACGAGAAGGACCGUGAGCUGCUGGUACAUUUCGACGAGGUGAUCCCCGAGCUGAAGAAGGUCAAGAAGCCAUACUACGAUAUCAUUGCCGACAUCACGGUGAAGAUGGGCAACGGCAUGGCCGACUACGCCGUCAACGCCGAGCACAAUGUCAACGGCGUCGCCACUAUCAAGGAGUACGAGCUUUACUGCCACUACGUUGCCGGUUUGGUCGGUGAGGGUUUGACAAGGCUGUUCGUUGAGUCAAAGCUGGCAAACCCGCAGCUUCUGGUCCGCAUGGACCUGACCGAGAGCAUGGGUCAAUUCCUGCAGAAGACCAACAUCAUUCGAGACGUACAUGAGGAUUUCGUGGACAAGCGGCGGUUCUGGCCCAAGGAGAUCUGGAGCAAGUAUGUCGACACCUGGGAUGAUCUCUUCAAGCUCGAGAACAGGCAAAAGGCCGUGGAGUGCAGCUCUGAGAUGGUGCUCAACGCGCUGAAACACGCCGACGAGUGUUUGUACUACAUGGCAGGCAUCAAGGACCAGAGCGUCUUCAAUUUCGUCGCCAUCCCCCAGUCCAUGGCCAUCGCCACCCUGGAGCUGGUGUUCCGGAAUCCCGCCAUCUUCGACAGCCACCUUAAGAUCACCAAGGGAGACGCGUGCCAUCUCAUGUCCCAGUCGACCCAAAAUCUCCGAGUCGUAUGUGAGGUCUUCCGCCAGUACGUGAAGAGGAUACAUAAGAAGAACAACGACCCGCGGGAUCCCCAUUACCUUGCCAUUAGCAUUCAAUGUGGACAGAUCGAGCAAUUCAUCGAGUCAAUUUACCCGGUCCAAGACCCCAAGAAGUUGGCAGCCGCCAGGGAUCCCAAGGCAGCCCCGAGGGAAGCCGGAAUGGAUGCUUGGGAGGCCUUUGUACUGCUGGCCGCUGUCUUUGCUGUACUGCUUCUUAUUGGAGGUCUAAUGGUCGGAAGCGCCUACUUCAUGGGCGCUCGAUUUGACAAGUUGUUCCGCAACUUCGACGACAAGAUGCGGACGGCGAACAAGGUCUUGAACCCAACCGGACGCGAUGAGCUGUAA